GAGCGUUAGACUCUGAUUGUAAUCACAACCUCAUGUACGCAGGUACGGCAGACCGUUAGACUCUGAUUGUACUCACAACCUCAUGUACGCAGGUACGGCAGAGCGUUAGACUCUGAAUGUACUCUUAACCACGUAACCUUUUAAUUAGAAAUGUAACAGAUUUGGAUGUUAAACCGAGGUGGGAUGGAAUAGUGGUAUAGGUUUCCAUCUCUCACCCAGUGGGUUUAAUUAUUCGAUCCAUACCAGGUAAAAUUCUCAGAGUUCCCCAAAAAUGGAUACCAGGUCUGGUUUCUAUCCAGGAAGGAGACUCGAAAUUCACAGCUAAAACGGGAUGAAUAUAAAGGAAUACUAAGUUUAACCUGAUCAUAGGCUAUUUAGUAUUUAGUGUGUGUGGUGCUGAAACUAUGAUGAUUUCUGUUAACUUACAUGAAGUUUCAAUUGAGAUAUACAAUAACGCCUGCAAGUGUAUUUUUUCGGAGAAUGCAGUAUAUUUAUACAGACAGCUGUUACCAGUUUUAUGGAUUUCUUUUGUUAGGACAGGACAGAUGUUCCGAGAGGCAGAUGUUCCGUUGUUGCCAUGCUCUGAGACUCGAGCUUACAGGAACGUUUAACUUCCGAACAAUUAUUUCUGGAACCAUUAGAAGGGUAUCCAUAUCGGGAGAAUCCUUGCGUUAUGCAAAAUGAUGAAAAAGUAUUUUGAAUUAGCUGGUGUGGAAGAGAUCAUUUAUAGCAAUGAGUCUUGUUUACGAUAUGAAUGAUAUCAGAGGUACAAGUUAGACGUUACCACUAUAAUAAUAUACCUGUGAGUCUCUCCGUGUGUAACAAACCGCUGAUUUUGGGUCUAUUCGACACGGCAGGACAGGAGGACUACGACCGACUGCGCGUGCUAGCGUACCCAGAUACGGAUGUGUUUGUCGUCUGCUUUUCCGUUGUGGCGCCCACAUCAUUCGAGAACGUGGAGGAGAAAUGGGCACCGGAAGUGCAUCACUACCGCGAGGACACGCCCUUUAUACUGGUCGGCACGCAGGUCGACCUCAGAGACAACUUUUACGAGUUGCAGCGGCUACAGAAGAACCGUCAGAAGCCUGUUACGUAUGAGAUGGGUAUCCGGCUGGCCAACAGGAUCGGUGCUAACUGUUAUGUGGAGUGCUCGGCACUCACCCAGAAGGGCUUGAAGGCAGUGUUUGAUAACGCCAUACUCGCCGUGAUUAAUCCCCAACCGGUGACUCGCAGACCCAAGAAACGAACCGCACUGUGUAAAAUAUUGUGAUAUGUAGAUGAUACAUGUAUGAUGCAUACUAAUGUGCUUAGCGCUAUGGCAUUUCUGUGAUUUCUCGUAUUUAUAUUAUUAUUAUUAUUUGAUACCAAAGAAAAACACCGGUAUACAUUUGAAACUUUUGACCGUUAAGUGUGUAAUUCAAAGUAAUAUAUCGGGUGUACAUAUUCGUGCAGUGAAUGGAGUAAAGGAUUCAAAAUAAAAGUUUAGCGUAUGUGACUGCACAAGGAACUGUACAUGUUAUAGAAAUUUAAUUCUUAACAGUAUAUAUAUACAGUAUAAAUGAUCAUAUUAAUAGUAACGAAUUGUGUUCAAACUUGUAGGUAUAGAAGUAUUUUGAUUAAGGUUAAAAUGUUUGUAAAUUCAUGAUCAACAUUGAACAAAUAAAAACAUGAUCUCC